UUAUAUCGUUGAAUGAAUAAUAAGCAUUCGCUAUACCCAAAGCUCAGAUCGGAUAUCAUACAACAAGGCGAGACAUCCGUAGUAUGAGACCAAGAGGAGAACAGGUAUUCAACCAACAAGCUAAAUUUAUUGAUCAAAAUGAAGAUACCAAGGAAUAUUAUCAUUGUUUCCAGUCAUGCUGGGUGUUAUGCAUGACGUCAGUAUAUAGUUCAUUCGAUCCAUGGAUAACCGUAGGCCCACUGUUUUUAGGUCAAAUUACCAUGAACUUGCACAACAGCACCGACGAUGCUCAUAGACGGACGAGGUAUUAGCAUUGGUGUUCGAAAAUGGCUAUUCAUAUUAUCUAUUGUUGUGUAUUCGGUUAUUUGCUAUAAAUCGUACACAGCAGAGUGGUAUACGACAUCACCUUUGAAUUCCUUUGAACGACAUAUUUCGGCACCGAGGCUCACCAACUUGGAUUCAAUUCGAUACUCGAAAGCAGAAAAAACCCCGGAUUCACUACUUUCAUUUUCCAUGAACAGCCAAACAAGCCUAGGUCACGUAGUCCAGGCGACAUCACCUACAGAGGUCGGUUUGUCCAGCUAUAAUGCCUUUGACCUAAAUGAAAAUCAUCUCGAUGUAGACCUACAGGUAACAAGCCCACGAAAAAGUACAUAUCGAAUCGUUGAACUACAGAAUAAAUACGUAAUAUGUGAUACGCUACACGUGUUUAUUGAGGCGCGCGAUGACAGUAACCAUCCUAAACAUUUCGGUGGAGAUUAUUUCCGAGCUAGAAUCUACAACAACCAGAAAUUAAACGCGAGUUCUUCGAAUAAUGGACCAAUAAUUGAUCAUGGAAAUGGUACAUACAGCGCAUAUUUUACGUUGCCAUGGAUUGGGUUAGUUAACAUAGAAGUGUCACUUAUACUACCAAGUGAAGUUAUCAGGAUCCUGAAAAGAAUAUAUCACGAACAUCCAUAUCGAAUGGUUUACGAGGGGAAAUUUCAAUUGGGAGGGAAAACAGAAAUCACAAAAUGCCACGUGCAUAUGAACACAUCCGUACAGUUAUGUAAUUUUACUGAUGAAGUCGCACAUCAGCCAUGGUUUUGUGAGAAACCAAAGCAUCUACCGUGCUCUUCUUGGAUUGAGCAUCACGGUAACUCACCACUGACAGAGAGUAUGUCCAAUGGAUUAUUAAUAGACGGGGAGCCGGCUGCGUUUAAAACAAAGAACAUCCGAAGGGUGCUCUUGCGUUCUCGGCCAGUGACAAUCAAAGUGCAAUCCAGUGAUCAAAUGGAAGGUUACCACCUGUGCAAGUCAAAUUUAGCCGCUUGUACUCCUACGAGCAGCCAUAUUCAAAACGACGGCAGAAAUAUGCCUAUGGUCGCUGGCUUUUACUACCGGGAUGUAUGGCAUUCAAACAUUUGUAACGCAAAGUACAUCGGUGUCUCUGCAACCCGAUCAUGUUUACAGAACAAACGUUUAUAUUUUUACGGAGACUCAACGUUACGUCAAUGGCACAAUUAUCUCCAGAUGAAUUUACCUACGUUGGAUGAUGUCACGUUAUAUGAGCACAGAUCUACAUAUAAAAUCGGUCCGUUGAUUGCGACAGAUCGAAAAAAUAAUUUUACAUCUUUGUUUUUUCAUCAUGGUCUACCGAUUAGAAAUUCGUGGAUGUUAACAAAGAACAUUAAAUACGAGUGCAAUGAAAUCAAUAAGUUAAAUGCAGAUCAAAACACUGUUGUUGUUUUGAAUUUAUGGGCACAUUUUACUAGUGUAACAUUGGAUGAUUACCGAUGGCGUCUCGUCUGCGUACGAAACGCGUUGACAAGACUCUACCAACGCAGUCCACGAACGCUUGUAAUCAUAAAAUCCGCUAACACCCGGUCUUUCGCUUAUACUCCGAUGUCAACGAUUAAUUUCAACGAUUGGUAUGUACAAAAAUUAGAUUCAGUAAUGCGCGAAGUUCUUAAAGAUGUUCCAAACAUUGUAAUUAUUGAUGUUUGGGAUAUGACAAAUUGUCACCGCACGGGUUCUGACGUUCACCCCCACGAGCUGGUUGUCAGAGAGGAAAUUAAGAUGAUGAUGUCAUACGUGUGUUCGGGUAAAAAUGCUAAAGGUAUUUCUUGAUAAUAUUACAUCUUAUUUUAACAUGGCAUUAUUGGAUCACUGGUUCCCCGAGUGUUUCAAAUCAAAGUGAAUUUAGUUGACUUCCUCCAUGAUUCGAUGGAUUUGAAAUACUGUCAACAGUUCGAUAGUUAUCAAUUAUAUUCCAGAAGUAGGAAAUCAGCUCUGUUCAGCUGACUAUCUUUUUAUGAUCUUGUUUCAUGUCUGUUGUGGCGUUGGAUUAAAAAAAUCAUCCUAAUAAAAUCACAACGGAAACAUAAAUUAAAAUGGAUCACUAAAGGCCAACUCAGACAGCAUCGGCCGACGCAGCCCGACGUGUUUAAUAUUUCUCACGACGGCAUAAGACUGUCCCCGACGAUAAAUCCUGUCGGGCUGCGUCGGCCGACGCUGUCUGAGUUAGCCUUUACAUCUAUAGAAUUGUACUUAUCGACUGAAAACAUCAGUUUCCUGCAAUAGCACCAAAUACUUGAUUUGUCUAUUGUUAUCAAAUCGGCAUAUAUUUUUAAGAAAAUGUAUUUUCAGUCAACACGAUUACCCUCCACUACCUGAGCUUUGAGAAAAUUGUAGGUCAGAAAUUGAAAGUAAUAAUUUCAAGAUAGGGAAAUAACGCUGAAGUUAUUAACUCUGACGAGUGGAAUGCACGCUGUACCUAA